AUGGAUCUCCAGUACAACUCAUUCUAUAACCAUGCUUUGUGGAGAGACCUGGCCCUCGCCACUGAAGACUGCUCAAUGUCUGUCAGCGGCACCACCUUCCUCAUCAUUGCCUACAGCGUGGUCCUGGCUGUGGGACUCAUCGGAAACUCCUGCCUUGUUUUUGUCAUCACGAGGCACAAGGAGAUGCGUAAUGUCACUAACAUACUAAUUGCCAAUCUCUCCUGCUCCGAUAUUCUCAUGUGUAUUGUUUGCCUUCCUGUUACCAUAAUAUACACGCUGAUGGACCAUUGGAUUUUAGGUAGCGCUAUGUGUAAGCUCACACCAUUUGUUCAGUGUAUUUCAGUCUCUGUCUCCAUCUUCUCCCUUGUUCUGAUUGCACUGGAGCGCUACCAGCUAAUAGUCCACCCCACUGGUUGGAAGCCCACAGUUGCCCAGUCUUACUUUGCUGUGGGGGGCACUUGGGUGGUGGCAUGUUUGAUUUCCGUGCCUUUUUUGACCUUCAACGUUUUGGAGUUACCCUUUCAGAACCUAAGCAUCCCCCUUCCACUGUCUGACCAGCUUGUCUGCAUGGAAAAGUGGCCAUCGUUAGCAAUGAGGCGAGCCUACACCACCUCCUUGAUUGUCUUCCAGUAUCUCCUGCCGAUCCUUCUCAUAAUGAUCUGCUAUUUGCACAUCUACUUACGCCUCAGGAGAAGGAAGGAGAUAGUGGAGCGGAGUGGGAACAAUACGCAGAAGAAAAACAAAGGCGCUACAAGGAUUAACAUCAUGCUAACGGCUAUCGUGGUGGCGUUCGCUCUCUCCUGGUUGCCUCUCAAUAUCUUCAACACUGUUUUUGACUGGAACCACGAGGCUCUGCCCACCUGCAGUCAUGAUGUCAUCUUCUCCUUCUGCCAUCUCGCAGCCAUGGCAUCGACCUGCGUCAAUCCCAUAAUAUACGGUUUCCUCAACAGCAACUUCCAAAAGCAGCUCAAGUCCACCAUACUGAGAUGUCGCUGCUGGGCGGUCACUGAGAGAUACGAGACUGUGCCACUUUCGACGGUCAGCACGGAGGUCACCAAGGGGUCAAUGUUGAGCAAUGGAUCCAUCAGUGCCAACACCUAA